AUGUCUUCGCUACGUCCGCUGUCUCCAGAACCGGUCUCAGGGGACGAAAUCCCGAUAGGGAUUCCUGCGACUCCAUCAUCGAACAGACUCAGUCUCAAGGUCGUGCGGACUCUCGCACUUCUCCAAAAGUACUCUACUAUUCCUAUGGGCUUCUUUACAGUAGUGCAUCUAUCAGGCGUCAUGAUUGCUCCACCAAUUGCUGGCAUCGAUGUCGCUGAGCAGGUGAUAUCCAUGGGCCGUGAACUAUACCAAACGGGUUCCUCAGAAACUGUUCUUUUUGCCUCAGCCUGUGUUCACGUCUUGAGCGGCAUUGCUCUACAAUUUGCGAAAAAAUGGGACAACUAUGUGAAGUACGGGAGAUCGCGCAGGAACACCUCACCGGCAAUUUCGUCCGCUAAAGAAGCAGAGAUUGAUAAAAGCAGCGGGCUUGGAGGAAUCACAUAUUUAUUGGGACUUGGACCCAGACCUUCGCUAAGCUUCAAAAUGCUAGGACUGACGCCUCUGCGGUUUUCUGGCUAUUUCUUGCUUCCAUUGCUCAUCUUGCAUGUUUUACACCAGCGAAUAGCGCCCCUGGCCGUGGAUGCAGACUCGUCCAUGGUGGAUUUGUCCUAUAUUGCGUGGGCCGUCGCACAAAGCCCAUUUAUGAGAGCCACUGGCCUGAUUACCUUGGUGGGAGUGACAUCCUAUCAUAUUCUCGCCGGAGCACUGCAGUAUCUGCGCUGGUACAGCCGAAGAGCUCGCAAGAAUGCGUACAGAAUAAUUUUUUUCAACACCACCUUGGCGGCCCUCAGUGUGUUCAGCAUCUCCAGGAUCGAUCCGCCUUCGGGUUCUACUGCCCGCAAAUUCGCUGCUUAUAUGAGCCAUUUUGGCAUCUAA